AUGGGAGACCCGAAGAACCAGGUAGGAUAAAGCAUCCUCAGUCUUCCUAUCUCUCACUCAUUGUGUCAGUCCACCCCCCCCCCCCCCCCCCCUCUCUCUCUCACACACACACACACACAUACACAUACACACACAUUGUUCUCUCUCUCUCCUCUCUGUCUCUGUAUGGGUCCUAUAGAAGCAUGGUGUGAGGAGACUGGUGCUGACCCCUCACCCAGGACUACGAUGUGGCGCUGCUACAGCUGUGCUCCCCGCUGCUCCUCACUGAGCAUGCCCAGUCCGUCUGUCUGCCCUGCUCGGGACAGGAAGCCCCACCCUCCCAGGUCUGCAUGUUCUCAUUGUGGGAGGGUCAGACAGGUACGUACAGUAUCGUGCCAUACUGUGUUUGACCCACAACAAGACACCAUGACAAAGCAAAAAUCUCACUUUAUCACGAUGAGUGUACAAAUUUGACAUUACCUCAUUCAAAUGUCUGUACCUCAGGGAAAUAUUUGCUGAAAGUGUGUGUUUGUGUGUGUGUGUAUAGGUGGGUAUGGCAUGUGUGUUAACGGGCAUAUGUGUUUGUGGUUCUCUGAGGGCAGCCUAACACAGACUGUUUUGUGUGCUGACUGUUAGGUGGACCAUGGAACAGCACUGUUGAGCCGCUAGAGGUAUCACUUGUGAGCCAUGCUGACUGAGCGUUAUUACACUGGUAGACUGACCCCUAGAAUGCUGUGUGCGGGGCCACCACAGCAUCAUAUACAGGACACCUGCACGGUGAGGAACACACAGGACUCAUAGACCCACUGUAAACACAGGAACACAGAGGGGAUGGAUGUGUGGUGCCUAAUACAGUACAACAACAGUGGACCCAACUUUACCCAAGGAUUUGUGUUGUCAUACAUCGCCCUCUGGUGACAAUGUUUGGAACUAGGAUUUAUAACCAUAUCAGAGAGCACAUUUUGAGGGCCUUUUUUAAACUUUGAAACACUCAGUACCAGUCCAAUACUAUAGAAUACAGUUACUCAAACUAUGAAACUGUAUAUGAUAUAGUAGAGGAUAAAAUAUAAUCUCAUUGUAAAGGGCUUUCAUUUGUCAGAAACACUCACCCCAAGAUCAAACUGUCCACCUCCAGGAGAAGGGGGACUCUGGGGGGGACCCCUGGUGUGUCAGACAGAGGACUCUGGUUACUUUGUCCUGGGAGUAAUCAGCCGGAGGCUGUGGCAUGUUCCAGAGGCCAGGAGUCUACACCUCAGUCCCCAUGCUCAGAGACUGGAUCCAGGAACAACUCCA